AUGAAGGAUGUUGGUCUUUGGAUAAUUUCCAAAGUUGUUUUGAAUCACUCACAUCCUUGUUGUCCAGACCAGGCUGAGAUGCUCAAACAACACAUGGAGCUUAGCAUGUUCGUGCGCCGUAGCAUCGAAACCCACGAGGAAGUCGGAAUCAGACCGAGCAAAACUUACCAAUCAUUUGUGGCAGCAACUUGCAGCCACCGUGAACUAAGUUUUAUAGAAAAAGACAUAAGAAAUUACAUCACAAGGGAAGUACGAAAUAUUUCCGAAGAAGACGAUGCCAAAGAAUUUAGGAAGUACCUAGCUGAUGCAAGAAGCAGAGCUGCAUUUGAUUAUUUCGGAGACGUGGUUUCAUUUGACACUACCUAUAACACAAACAGGUACAAUUUGGUUUUAGGUUCUUUUGUUGGUAUGAAUCAUCACGGAGGAAAGGCACCAAAAGGUAUUCUUACUGAUCAAUGUGCAUCGAUUCAAAGGGCAAUUGAGUUGUGCAUGCCAAUAACAAUUCACCGCUAG